GGUGUUCUCGAACAGCGGAAGGGAGCCGGUAGCGGAUGGUGCCUCCGUGGAGUCAGGGGCCUGGGGCAAAAGAGAAGCCCUGGCACCGGGUGGUCUGGGGUGAGGGCGGCCUGGAGCGGAUUAGAGGUUGGGUUAAUGUGGAGGGACUCUGGCAAAGAAAAGGGAGGGCAAAGAGCUAGCUAUAAGUUCCCGAAAAAGAGCGGAUUAGAAUUGGAAAGAUGAUGGAAGGGAGAGUGUGAAUAAGGAUAUCACUUUACAUAGAAGUAGUUUCCCCCCGCUGGCGGGAUGGAGGUGGGGGGAGCUGGUUAGGAGAGGAAUGUGUGUAACACCGAUUGCAGCAGUAUUGGGGAACCUGUGAUGUGCCCAGGUUGCCAACUCUGAAUGACUGCAAAAGCAACAACGAUUAAAGAAGCCCUAGCCAGAUGGGAAGAGAAAACCAGUCAGAAGCCAUCAGAAGCCAAAGAGAUAAAGCUUUAUGCCCAGAUUCCUCCUAUAGAGAAGAUGGAUGCAUCCUUGUCCCUGCUUGCUAAUUGCGAGAAGCUUUCACUGUCUACAAACUGCAUUGAAAAAAUUGCCAACCUGAAUGGCUUAAAAAACUUGAGGAUAUUGUCUUUAGGAAGAAACAACAUAAAGAACUUAAAUGGACUGGAGGCAGUAGGAGACACGUUAGAAGAACUGUGGAUCUCCUACAAUUUUAUUGAGAAGUUGAAAGGGAUCCAUGUAAUGAAAAAAUUGAAGAUUCUCUACAUGUCUAAUAACCUGGUGAAAGACUGGGCUGAGUUUGUGAAACUGGCAGAGCUGCCAUGCUUGGAAGACCUGGUAUUUGUAAGCAAUCCCUUGGAAGAGAAACAUUCCGCUGAAGGGAAUUGGAUUGAAGAGGCAACCAAGAGAGUGCCCAAACUGAAAAAGUUGGACGGUACCCCAGUAAUUAAAGAGGAUGAAGAAGAAGAAAACUAACACCAUGUUCUCUGCUGUGUGUUAACUUAUUUAAAUGUCAUAGGAACAAUAGAUAAGUUUUGUUAUAAUUAUCUAUUUUAAAGAUUCUGUGUCGGGCGAAAGGUUCUUAAGGUAAAACGAAUCUCUGAGUCCUAUUUUUUUCUUAACCUAUUCAGUGUUUCUCCCCCCAAAUGGUAACACCAACCUUAUAUGUUGUAGUCCUCUUUUUAGACACUAUAAAUUUUCAAUUUUUGUCUUCAGUCCCAGUUAUGUACUGUGUAACCUCAUCUACUGAAACCUGUAUAGACCAAUCAUUUUUAACAACAAAGGAACAAAUGUGGUUCUUUAUUCAAUUCUUUUAGGCCAGAUAUUUAAAUAUAUAUACUUAACUUUUGAAUCUGUAGACCAUCUUUCUUGAAGGUCCAUUUCCGUAUGACUCCGAAGCACAAACAUGUCAUGCCUUUGGUUCCAAAGGCAGCAUGAUGACGGGAAGAGUUCCUCUU